ACAUUUGGUCCAGUCACACACAGGACAAUCACAAUGCGGUGUCUGCUUUCAGCUUAUCUUCUGCCUCUGAUUCUGCAUGCAUGCACCGGUGCAGACUGGUGCUACCAGACACAAGUGAGCUGUGAUUCCCACUGUAAAGGUCCAGAGAAAUGGAGAGAAGUCAAUGCAGACUGCGGGAAGGACAGACAGUCACCCAUAAACAUAGUGACCAAGCAAACCAAGCUGGACGAGCGAUUGACACCUUUCAGAUUCACUGGAUACCAGACCGUGUUCGAUGGCACAUUGAAGAACAAUGGACACUCGGUUCAGGUCAGUAUUCCUGUCCCAGCCACUAUUUCUGGAGGAAAUCUGGCAGAACCAUAUAAAGCUGUGCAGUUUCACCUGCACUGGGGCAUCAGCAGCGGCCCAGGCUCUGAACACACCAUUGAUGGAGAGCAGUAUCCAAUGGAGCUGCACAUUGUGCACAUGAAGCAGAAAUACAUCCGGAUUGAAGACGCUCUCAAAGACCCGUCUGGAGUGGCUGUGCUGGGAUUUUUCUAUGAGGUGUCCAGCACCACAAACAGAAAAUAUGACCUGUUCGCACACGCACUGCGCAGCGUACAGAACACAAAUGGCAACACGACUCUUCGUAAGAUCUCUCUGAAUCAGCUCAUCCUGCCUGAAGUGAACAUGACCAAUUAUUACCGGUAUGACGGGUCACUGACCACACCGGGAUGCACCGAGGCUGUGGUGUGGACGGUGUUUGAAAAGCCCAUUCCCCUGGACAGUGAACAGCUUCAGGCUUUCUCCUCUCUGAAGUUUCGCGAUGGGAAGCCGAUGGUCGGAACGUUCAGACCCGUUCAGCCUCGUAACGGGCGAGUGGUUUAUCGGUCCAGCGGUGGGACUUUAUUGGUCAGUGUUUUCCUUCUGAUGGCUUCCGUCAGCACAGCAUUCACCAUAACCAGACUCAACUAACUUCAACAUUCCCAACCAUCACCAGCACAAUGAGUCCUCCACUCACCAGAGCACCAGCAGGACAACCACAGAAUAAAAAAUUACAGGAGCAGAACUGCAUGAGUAGAUGACCAUAGCUCUCAUAGCUGGACUAAAAACAUCCGUGGAGCUCUGACGGCUAGAAAAUGCAUGACCUUUACUAUUAUAGAUACACACACAGCAGUCUAUAUUUGUGAGGCCAAAGUGUUUUGAUGUGCAUUACAAACACUCACAACGAUGAUCAGCUCUCACAAACACUGAUGACACUGAGGUCAAAGGUCAGUGAGUCAAAUAGAUAAGAGAGAAACCAGGCCAAGUAAACGCAUUGCAUUCAUAUAAACUAAUUAACGUUAUGGUCAGGGCUUGACAUUAACUUUUUUGAUCACCAGCCACUGUGGCUAGCAGUUUUCUAAUGUUACUGGCCACUCUGCAUUUUCACUAGCCACGAUUUUGUUGUUGGGAAAAUGCAUUUUAUAUGCAUAAAUAUGACUAAACCUACUUAAUUUAGAUUUUGUGUUAUGUACACAUGCCUCAUUCAUUUAAAGGUGCAGUAGGUGAUCUGCCACAAUGCUAACAGCUUAGCAUAAAUCUCUGAAUUACAGUCCCUCCCCUGCCAUCUAGAGCCACGCCUCCUGAAACACGAGCACCGCAAAAAAACCCUCUCUCAUGUGUUAAAGCGACUAGUGCUUGUCCGGCAGCGUGCAAGCCAAACUGACAUGCUAUUUCAGAGUGAAUAUUAGAGUUGCAUGAUAAACAAUAUAGGGAGAGGCUAAGCGAAAUAUCGGUAUUUACUUGUGUUUUGUUGUUAAACUAAUUAAAAUCUGCAUUAUCGAUGCUGUAAAAGGACCUUAUGAAACUGAAAAUAGUCUUAUCAAUCUUUCAUCGGAAGAUUUUAGUGGCUGAACAACACUUCUGUGAAGAUAUAAGCCAUUUGUAACAACAACAUCUAACUUUACAUCAGCUUUGCGUGAAGCUAAAACAGUUUUAAAACAGAACAUUACCUGUCUAAGAGAAAUCCUUCAGCCAUGGUGUCAUCCUUUCUCCAGCAUGCAAAGGUAACUCCAAUAUUCAUUCGGGUUUUUAAAAAGUUUUGAUUCAGCAUGCUUUUACAGAUCGUGCACGCCUGCUCUCUCGUGAACGCGUAGCGGUCGGCGAAGCUGCGUACAAACGGCUGCGCAGUUGUUCAAAUCUGCAUUUGCUGACAGACAGAUUGGGCUACUUAUGAACAUUUUUUUGUUUUAUGCCUUACCCAAAAUAUAAAAAUACAUUUAAAUACAUUUAGAUCAUUUACUUUAAUCAUUACUAUUAGACUGUGAAGAGACUUUCAACCAGCUCAACAACAAAUGCUUCUGAAGAUAAUCACCUACUGCACCUUUAACUGUUUUGUGUUGUGUUUGACCUUGCUCAAUGACCAUGAGCAAAUAGGUUGUGGUUCAAAUUGUUGCAUUGGAAUUGGCUCUUAUUUCACAUGACUUUUCAGGACUCAAUAUUAAGGAUUUACCAGUUUUUUUUUCUGGCGACACAAAAAAUAAAUAAACAAAUACUAAUUUACAAAUUACAAAAUACAAAUUACUAAUUACUUCUUAGCUACAAUUUUUAAUCAAUUAAAUUUUUUAAAAAACAAGCUAAACAUAGCUGUUUACAUGCACUUUUUAUUCAACAAAAUCUUUCUUUAAAAAAAAAAAAA